GCCAUUUUGCAGCGACCUAACACAUAUAAAUAUACAGUCAAUUGUCCUUUAUUCAUACCUCAGUAAUUAUAUACAACGAUUUGUAAGAAAAAUGUCUAGUCCAUGCAAAAUCACCACUAAGGGCUUCGGAACCAUGUCAAUGACUUGGUGUCCCGUCCCACCAGCAUUCUCCCAAUCCCUUGAGACUUUGAAAUAUGUAAAAGACACUUACGGAGUUAAGUUUUUUAACGGUGCAGAGUUCUACCAAUUUGCAGCCGAAACUGCGAACUUGAAGUUAAUUAGCCAAUUUUGUGAACAAGAAAAGGACGCUGAUAUUAUUGUUUCCAUAAAAGGAGGCAUUGACUUCAACACCCAUGCCCCUAACGGUACCAGGGAAUUCAUAAACCAAUCGAUCAAUAAAUGUCUUUCUUACUUUAAGGAUUUGGAGGUCAAGCCAAAGAUUCUUUUUGAAUGUGCUAGAGUUGAUCCUAAUGUUCCAAUUGAAGAGUCUGUGAGUUAUAUUUACGAAAGAGUUAAGAGUGGUGAUCUUGCUGGUGUCUGUAUUAGUGAAGUGGGUGCUGAAUCUGUAAAAAAGGCUGCUGCAGUGGUACCAAUUUCUGGAAUUGAAGUGGAAUUUUCUUUGUUUUCGGAAGAUAUCUUUACCAACGGUGUUUUGGAAGAAGCUUCUAAACAUCAAAUUCCUAUUAUCGCCUAUUCCCCUUUGAGUAGAGGAAUUUUGACCGAUCACGCUGCUGAAGAUCCUGAAUUCUUGAAAUCCCUUGACCCAAACGAAUUUAAGGCUAAAUUCGAGAGAUUCCAGCCUGAAAACUAUGAGAAGAACAAGGGUCGCUUGAAUGCUUUAUACAAGUUUGCCAAGUCGAAGAACUUAACAUUGGAAGCUUUGGCAUUGAGUUACGUUCAAAGUGUUUCCGGACUUGAGGAUUUUGAAGGAAUCCCAAAGGUCACCAAGAUUAUUCCUAUCCCAUCCGGAUCUACCAAGGAAAAGGUCGACAAGAACUUUGGUGGUCCAGUUCAAUUACCAAGAGAAGAUAUUGAAGCGCUUCAUAAGAUCCUCGAGGAAUACCCUAUUGCUGGUGGUAGAUACUACCCUCAAGCAGCUGCUUUGUUGGAAGGUUAAAAUAGCUCUUUCCUACAGUCGCCUUAUAUUUUUUGUUCUCUUCGCUACAUAUAUUGUUAUAUGAGUAAGUAUAUAUCUGGUGAAAUAUUUACCAUCACCUUCUAGAUUUCAAUCGAAAACCCUAGUGGUAUAAGGCUGUCUUUUGUAAGGACACUCUAAAUCUUUCAAAGUUACUCUACACUUGUUGAAAAGCUCUUCUAUAGAAUUAGAUUUGGGAGUCUUUAAUCGCACUAGUUAGUUAUCUAAUAGAAGACAAUCGAGAACACAAAUACCAGCGUAGACAACUUACUGAAAAUGUAUUCGAGGAAACAAGUAUGUGCCAUCCUAACAGUUGUCCACUCAACACCUCUAUAAUGGUGAACCAUAUCCGACUUAUAUGUUCAACAUCUUUUUAACCUUCUUAAAAUAGAUAUGGAUCCAUGCUUGUUCUCCCAAGUAUUGUUGAAAAGAUACUUGACGGCCGCGUCGUACUUUUGGUUUCGAUCU